CUCUUGUUCGAUUUCUCUUGAACAAGUGACUUCAUCUUCUAUCCAUCCCUUCUCCUUCAUUCACAUCACAACCGACAAAAUGGCUGCCCCAGCUCAACAGUUCAAGGUUGCCGACAUCAACCUCGCGGCCUUCGGCCGUCGCGAGAUUGACCUCGCCGAGCAGGAGAUGCCCGGUCUCAUGGCCACCCGUGCCAAGUACGCUCAGGACCAGCCGCUGAAGGGUGCCCGCAUUGCCGGUUGCUUGCACAUGACCAUCCAGACUGCUGUCCUCAUCGAGACCCUCGCGGCUCUCGGCGCUGAGAUCACCUGGUCAUCCUGCAACAUUUUCUCCACCCAGGACCACGCCGCUGCCGCCAUUGCCGCCGCCGGUAUCCCCGUCUUCGCCUGGAAGGGUGAGACUGAAGAGGAGUACAACUGGUGCUUGGAGCAGCAGCUCAACGCCUUCCCAUCGGGCAAGAAGCUCAACCUCAUCCUCGAUGACGGUGGUGACUUGACCGCCUUGGUUCACACCAAGUACCCCGAGCAACUCGAGGGCUGCUACGGUGUCAGCGAGGAGACCACCACUGGUGUCCACCACCUCUACAAGAUGUUGAAGAACGCUGGCAAGGCCAACGGUCUUCUCGUCCCUGCCAUCAACGUCAACGACGCUGUCACCAAGAGUAAGUUCGACAACCUUUACGGUUGCCGUGAGUCUCUCCUCGACGGUAUCAAGCGUGCCACCGAUGUCAUGAUCGCUGGUAAGAUCUCCGUCGUUGCCGGUUUCGGUGAUGUCGGCAAGGGUUGCGCCGAGGCCCUCCGCAGCUUCGGUUCCCGUGUCCUCGUCACUGAGAUUGACCCCAUCAACGCCCUCCAGGCCGCCAUGGCCGGCUACGAGGUCGUCACCAUGGAGGAGGCUGCUCCUCGUGCUCAGAUCUUCGUCACUACCACCGGUUGCCGUGACAUCAUCGUCGGCAAGCACUUCGAGGUCAUGCGCGAGGAUGCCGUCGUUUGCAACAUUGGUCACUUCGACAUUGAGAUCGACGUCGCCUGGUUGAAGGCCAACGCCAAGGAGGUCGUCAGCAUCAAGCCUCAGGUCGACCGCUUCACCAUGUCCAACGGACGUCACAUCAUCCUCCUCGCCGAGGGUCGUCUCGUCAACCUUGGAUGUGCCACCGGCCACAGCUCUUUCGUCAUGUCCUGCUCCUUCACCAACCAGGUCCUUGCCCAGAUCAUGUUGUACACUGCCGGCAACAAGGAGUUCUCCAAGAAGUACAUCGAGUUCGCCCGUGCCGCCGAGGCCGACGAGGUCACCGAGGGUCCCGUCCUCAAGAAGAAGGAGGCUGAUGUCAAGACUUCCGUCGACCGUCUGCCCGUCGGUGUCUACGUCAUCCCCAAGAUCCUCGACGAGCAGGUCGCCCUUCUCCACUGCGAGCACGUCAACGUCCACCUCACCAAGAUGACCGACGUCCAGGCCGAGUACAUGGGUCUCCCCAUCGAGGGUCCCUUCAAGAGCGAGAUGUACCGAUACUAGAUGUUUCCUCUUUGUACUUUUCUUUUUUUGUGAUGGGGUGCACUUGACGUCUAUUGGCUAGGAAUUCAACACUGGCAUUCGGAAUGAUACCAUAUACCAAAACGGGGGGUUUGUCUUCAACGGCAGGGGCAUUGUUCCACGAACGCCAAAAGCAUUGUAUGGCGCUCAAGGCGUUGUUUGAGGGAAGGAUAUUCCCCAGGGAUCAAUUCAGUCUUCUCGCUAUUCCUCCGAUGGGUGGAGAUGAGAAGGUUAUCACGUUGAUCUCGCUUCAACAAAGGCUCUUUUCGGGCUUGAGAUCUAGAUAGCAUAACAUUAAAUCAUGAGAAUAAUUGAUCAUCUCGAAAA